AUGACCGAUAUAGUUGAAGAUAAUAUGAAAUUGGAUGAAAACGCUUCUGACUUAGGCUUUGCAACUCCAGAAAAACAAGAAGCUCGUGCAUAUCUGCGCGAACGAUUUCUGCGAGUGGUUACUGGAAUUGUUGGUAAAGAAGCAGAAUUUUAUUUACAUGAAAACACUCGUGUAUGUGCCGAGUUUCGAGGUUGUGAUAUAGAUUGCUUAGAAGUUUAUGUACGUAAUCUAGAAACACCAUUAGGAAAGAUUCCAGAAGCAGUUCUAAGAGCAAAUGACAUUAUUCAUAUGGAUGUGAAAGACAUUGACGCUGCAGUAUAA